CACUGACCCAGCCCAGUGAAGAUCUCCGGAGACUAUGACCAAGAAACGAAUUGCUGUGAUUGGGGGAGGGGCGAGCGGGCUGGCUUCUAUCAAGUGCUGCCUAGAAGAAGGUUUGGAGCCCGUCUGCUUUGAAAGGACAGAUGACAUCGGAGGGCUCUGGAGGUUCCAGGAGAGUCCUGAAGAAGGAAGGGCCAGUAUUUACAAAUCGGUGGUCAUCAAUACUUCUAAGGAAAUGAUGUGCUUUAGUGACUAUCCCAUCCCAGAUCAUUAUCCCAACUUCAUGCACAAUUCCCAGGUUCUGGAGUACUUCAGGAUGUAUGCCAAAGAAUUUGACCUCGUAAAGUAUAUUCGCUUUAAGACUUCUGUGUGCAGUGUGAAGAAGCGGCCUGACUUCCCUACUUCCGGCCAAUGGGAUGUGGUCACUGAGUCUGCUGGGAAGAAGGAGGUAAAUGUCUUUGAUGGAAUCAUGGUUUGCACCGGCCAUCACACCAAUGCUCAUCUGCCCCUGGAAAACUUCCCUGGCAUUGAGAAGUUCAAAGGACAGUACUUCCACAGUCGAGACUAUAAAAACCCAUUGGCCUUCACUGGAAAGAGAGUCAUUGUAAUUGGUAUUGGAAACUCUGGAGGGGAUCUGGCUGUGGAAAUCAGUCACACAGCCAAGCAGGUUUUCCUCAGCACCAGGAGAGGGGCUUGGAUCCUGAAUCGUGUAGGAGACCAUGGAUAUCCUGCUGAUACAGUGUUAUCUUCUCGACUUUACUAUUUACUGAAGACUAUGCUUAGUCCAUCAUUAAUUAACUCUUAUUUGGAAAAAAAGAUGAACCAAAGAUUUGACCAUGAAAUGUUUGGUCUGAAGCCUAAACACAGAGCUCUGAGUCAACAUCCAACCAUAAAUGAUGAACUUCCAAAUCGCAUAAUUUCUGGCUUGGUGAAAGUGAAAGGAAAUGUGACAAAAUUCACAGAGACAGCCGCCAUAUUUGAAGAUGGCUCCAGGGAAGAUAACAUUGAUGCUGUGAUUUUUGCCACAGGCUAUAGUUUUUCUUUUCCUUUUCUUGAUGAUUCUGUGAAAGUGGUGAAAAACAAGAUAUCUCUGUAUAAAAAGGUCUUCCCUCCUAACCUGGAAAAGCCAACUCUUGCAAUCAUAGGCUUGAUCCAGGUCUUGGGAGCCAUUAUGCCCGUUUCAGAGCUCCAAGGUCGCUGGGCCACCCAAGUAUUUAAAGGACUAAAGACACUGCCCUCGAAAAGUGAAAUGAUGGCAGAAAUAGCUAAGGCCCAAGAGGCAAUAGAAAAAAGGUACGUGGAGAGUCAACGCCAUACGAUUCAGGGAGACUACAUAGAUACCAUGGACGAGCUUGCUGAUCUAGUGGGAGUCAGGCCCAAUCUGCUGUCUUUCGCCUUCACUGAUCCAAAAUUGGCAUUACGCUUAUUAUUGGGGCCCUGUACUCCAAUCCAUUAUCGUCUGCAGGGCCCCGGAAAGUGGGAGGGAGCACGAAAAGCUAUCCUUACUACAGAUGAUCGUAUCAGAAAGCCGAUGAAGACGAGAGUAGUUGAAAGGCAUAGCUCUGUGACCUCAACAAUGACAAUGGUCAAGGUUAUGCUGGCUGUUGCUGUCUUUGCUAUAGUUAUCACAUGUUUUUAG